AUGGAUUGGUAUAUAGGUCAGGAAUGGAACGAUCGGGUCCGAGGUCUGAGCAAAAAGGUUUUGAACUUGCAGUUCCAGCAUGUGGAGAAACCAUUGACAAAUAGCACUGUGCUUUUUGAAAUAUAUAAACCGUGUGCAAAUUUGGAUGGCAGGCCAUCGAAAUUCCUUGGAAGCAAUAAGAUACAUAUGCCACAAAUAUUGGAAAUGGGCACCGCGGUGACGCCUAUCGAUUGUUAUUUGGAGAUACUUCUACAGCAAUUUCUGCCAGGUGAAACCGCCGCCUGCAGCAUCGCAACGAAGUCCGGAGAAUGUUUACAAUUUGAGCUGAAAUUGGAGCGCAUCAUCAGUAACACGGCGAUCGAAAAGAUGACCGCGGACGAAGUCUUCAAAUUGUCAUUGCGGUACAAGGACAAUGGUGUUGUCAUGUUUAAGGCGCAUCCGAAGUUUGCCUUUGAUUACUUUGUGCGUUCAGCCAAACUAUUGAUUACAUAUAAACCAUUCGACAAGUUGGAGAAGAAAACAAAUGGCAUCGAUGGGAUUGAAGUGGAAAAGUUAUUUGUUCAAGUUCAAACGAAUUUGGCUGCCUGCUUGCUGAAAGAAAAACGCUAUGAACAUGUCAUUUAUCAUACGGAAUUUGUUGAAACACAUGACAAUCCAAGUGAGAAAAGCAUAUAUCGUCGAGCCUUUGCGUUUUAUUGCCUGAAGGAAUUUGAAAAGGCGCAGAAGACAAUAGAACGAGUCCCAAACUACGAGGAGAAACGUGAAUUUGUCAAGCUACUUGAAAACAUUACGUCGAGUUGGAAGACCAGCAAUGCCCAUUAUAAACAGGUUGUGCAACGCAUGUUCAAAUAG